ACGUGUUUUCAUCGUUUUGCCCCAAUGGCUGGUUCGCCUUCUCAACUUCCACGCUCCGUGCCUCCAAAAUCUGACGAAGAAAAGAGUUCGACCAAAGAAGAGGACUCGGCUAGGAUGAAAGUAAAUAUCCAAAUCUUAUUGACUCCGAAAAGCUUGCUGGUCGAAGUGAGGAAUCGGGAUACCGUUCAAGAGGUUAAAUUAAUGAUUCAAGCCAAGGAAGGGAUUCCGCUGGAUGAGUUCAAUCUGGUAUUCGGGGUAAAGUUGCUUGCGGAGGACAGGACCUCGCCUCGCUCGACUUGCAGCAAGAGCCCACAUUUUAUUUGGUUCUCCAUCCCAAAGAUGAUGUGUCAGUUAUUGUGAACAUGUCCAAUCACAGAGUCACAAUAGGAGCUAAAUUUUGGUACACUGUGGGUCAUGUCAAAGCUUUGACCAUAGCAAAGAUGUGUGUGCUGGUCAUGAGUUUGCAUAUGCUUUAUCAGGGGAAGCAGCUUGAGCUUCUUAC